AUGUCGCAAUGUAAGAGCACCAUUGGUGCUACAAAUGCGCGAAUUAUUGGCAUUGUUAGAGCGCUAUCCCCAAGGGAUGAAAUUCAUGUGUUGCAGUCGGAUCAGUCGAUCCUACCAGGAGCACUCAAAGCGACGCCCAAAGAAGCGUUCAAACAGGGCGGUUCCCCAGAUGGCACAGGCUUGCCACGGAUUGGGGAUAGAGCCACGAGUUUAUACAACAGGCUCACUCAAGGACAUGACUCUAACAUAUCAACUGUGGGACUUGGUGAAGACCCACAUACCUCACGAGGGAAGGAUGGAUAUAACAGUCUUCAACAUAUUCUAAAGUCAAAGAAAGAGGAUCUUACAACUCUUCGUGUUGAAUUGGAAGAGAACCAAUAUACCCACCUCACCAGAAGUCAGCUCCAACUCAUACGCCAUCAGUCGACAGCACACAAUGUUAAGACAACUGUCCGAUCAUCUAGGAUCAAGACGACCAACGGCCCGGCGUACAACCAAGAUAACAAGAAAUUUGUUACACGGGAACGUAGCAUUAAUACUACUUUACCUUCCACCCCAUCCGUGAGACGCAGCUCAAGUAUUCGGAAAGCACAAGACGAGGAUAAGUUGGAUCCUUCCCAACCAGCUCCUUCCAAACUAUCCCAACAUACGCGAAAACGUCCUGCAGCUACCCAGAUUUCAGAGCAAUUGUCCUUGCAAUUAGAAACCCCUGUGGCAAAGAGACCCCUCACGGAAUCAAUUUCCACCUCAUCGUUGCCCACGCCGCCAACCUCACCUCCGAACCCAAUGUCCACACAACAGAAGAAAUCCGGAGGGAAUCGCAAAGACAAAGGAAAUUGUGGAGACAUUCAGGCCCCUUCAAUUUCCACUUUAACCUCUACAUCUAAAUUUCUCAUGGAACCCUCCUCGUCCUUCACUACCAUCGCGCGGAAGCGGUUCGUCAUCGAGAAUAACACCAGCAGGGGGCCUACUAAUAAUAGGAACUCUAGCAAGAGACAAUCCAAGAGCAUUGCCGAAAGAAUCGCCUAUGCUUUUGUUGAGGAUCCUUUCACUCCCAGCACAAUGACCACGCCGCAGGAAAUAUGGGAGCGCAGAUACAAUACUCCUGCUCAAGCCGCUGAACGAGGAAUGGCUCGCACUGCCCCAGCCGCCAACCUAGGCCCUCCAGCUCACUUUGCGGCUCAUCAAACUCCCAGCUCUGGAGCUUCAAUUGCCAACUUUCCUACUCUAGCUCCCAGUCUUGCAGCUUCAGCUCUUACUACUGCGGCGUCAGCUAUGGUAUCCAAGCAGAAGGAAAUGAAAGGACUUCAGCAGAUAAUUCGGCAGUAG